GAUUUAGUCUCUGCGGGAAUUGCUCUCUGCUUUCUUGCUUGCUUCCCAAUUUCAAGCUCUCUCUGUCUGUCUUAAUUUGCUUAAUUGGAUCCUCUUCUCAAUUGCAACUUCAUAAAUCUCAUUCAUCUCUGAUAUAUCCAUUCUCUUUCUUCGGUAUAUUAUCAAGCAUUCGCUUCUUUCUCUUGAUCUUUGAUAUAUUAUCAAGCACUCAGAUGGACUGCAUCAUUACUCUCUUGCGGAUGUGCCGCAGAUCGUUACCAUUUUCUUCUUCUGAUUCUGCAGCUGUUGAUGCUGACAAUGUUUAUGUCACUCCUUAUCAGGAAAAGUAUGAUGUUUUUAUCAGUUUUAGAGGUGAGGACACCCGCCUUGGUAUUACCAGCCAUCUUCAUGCUGCCUUACUUCAGAAGAAAAUUGAAACCUACAUAGAUUACAGACUGAAGAGAGGACAAGAAAUCAAACCUGCCCUUCUAGAAGCAAUCAAGAAAUCUACGCUUUCGGUGAUCAUGUUCUCGAAAAACUACGCUUUUUCCACGUGGUGUUUGGAUGAACUUGGGCAAAUACUCGAAUGCAAGGAAAGAUAUGGCCAGAUGGUUAUACCCGUUUUCUACGAUAUCAGUCCAUCGGAUGUACGAAACCAACAGGGGAGCUAUGCGGUUGCAUUUACUGGACUUGAAAAGCGUUUCAAGGGCAGUAUCCACAAGGUGCACAAGUGGAGGAAUGAUUUGACGACUGCGGCCAAUCUAUCUGGGUUUGAUUACUCAGACAAAUCCGGGACGGAGGCAGAUCUAAUUAAGAAAGUUGUUGAUCAUAUUUGGACCGAAUUGAUUUGUGAAUCAUCAUGCAUUUUGGAGGGCCUGGUUGGAAUUAAAAGCAGCAUCGAGCAAAUAGAAUCGCUAUUAGACAUUCAUUCAGAGGACGCUUGCAUCACUGUAGGAAUUUGGGGGAUGGGUGGUAUUGGCAAGACCACCCUUUCCGAAGCUGUUUUUCACAGACUCUCUUAUAAAUUCGAAGCCAGUUGUUUUCUUAGAAAUGUUAGGGAGAACUCAGAACAAACAAAUGGACCAGAUCACUUGGAAAAAACACUUCUUCAAGAGAUACUAAGGGAAGAAGGUCUAUCCAUAGGAUCAACAUUUGUUCGAGAAAGGCUCGGUCGUACAAAGGUGCUCAUUGUUUUUGAUGAUUUGGGUGAUUCAAUGCAAAUGGAACGUUUAGCUGGCAAGCGUCUUCGGUAUGGCACUGGAAGUAGAAUCAUUAUCACAAGUAGAGAUAGGAGAACACUUAGGCAAACUGUUGAAGAGGAUAAGAUCUACGAGGUUGAGGGUUUAAAACCAGACGAUGCUCUUGAACUCUUCUGUUCACGUGCUUUCAAAAAUAACAUGACUCGUAGAACAGAGUAUAUGGAGUUGGCAGAAAUGGCUGUGGAUUCUGCUGGUCGCGUUCCCUUAGCUCUUAUAGUUAUGGGGUCCUUGUUCUUCAAUUGCAACAGCAAAGAACACUGGGACGAGGAAUUCAACAAAUUGAAACGAUCUCCCUGUUGUAAAGAUAUCCAUAAAGUGUUGAGACUGAGUUAUGAUGGAUUAGACACAAAUGAGAAGGAUAUAUUUCUGGAUAUAGCAUGUUAUCUUAAGGGGAACCAUGUGGAUGGCGUAAAACGAAUGUUAACUACUCGGGGAUUUGAUGCGGCACCCGGAAUUAGAAUUCUUGUUGAUAUGUCUCUCAUAUCAAUUGAUUCAACCGAGAAAGCCAUAGAGAUGCACGAUUUGCUUCAAGAAAUGGGAAGAAAAAUAGUUCAUGAACAAUGUAUUGACAAUCCCGGUGAACGCAAUAGGUUGUUCAAUGAUGAGGAUGUCUAUCAUGUACUGAAAAGAAACACGGGGACUCCAAUUGUUCAAGCCAUAUUGGUUAACUGGUUUGAGAUGGAAAAUCUGCAGUUGAAAUGUGCAGACUUCAGAAAGAUGUCUAACCUAAAGAUGCUAAUUGUAUUUAACUCUGAAGAGUGUGGCACUUACUGCAAAUUAACCGCUUCUCUAGAUCUUCCUGAUUCUCUGCGUUAUCUUUACUGGCUUGGAUAUCCUUUGAAAUCCUUGCCAUCAAAUUUUUCUCUUGAAGAUCUAGUUGAGCUUCAUAUGCGCAAAAGCCAAGUGAAUAAGCUGUGGAAUGAAGAGCAGAGACCUGUGAACUUAAAAGUGAUUGAUCUGGAGUGGUCUAGAAAUCUAACAGAAGUUCCAAAUCUCUCUGGGAGUCUAGAAAUUGUGCGGAUAAAUCUUUGUGGCUGCAAAAGUUUGGCUGAACUUCCUAGGUGUUUUCAACAUCUCCACAAGCUGACUCAUCUUGAUCUGUCAAUGUGCAAAAGUCUCAAGUAUCUUCCAGAGAUGCCAGAGAAUAUUGAAUUCUUAGAUUUAUUUGGCAGUGGUAUACAGGAGUUGCCUGAAUCAGUUUGGUCUCAUGAAAAAAUUUCUUACUUGGAUAUAAGAGAUUGUAGAGACCUUAAGAAACUUCCAAGCAGCAGUUGUAAGCUGAAAUUCGUUGGUUGUUUUGAUCUACAGGGCUGCACAUCUCUUGGCCAGGUUUCUGAGCUUCCCAGGGAUAUAAGUGAGUUAUCAUUGGUUGGUUGCGAGAGCCUUGUGAGUCUACCAACCAACAUUUGUAAGUUGAAAUUUCUCAAGAAACUCAAUCUCUCUAGGUGCUCUAAACUUGAAAACUUCCCAGAGAUCUUGGAGCCAAUGGAAAAUUUGGAAUAUCUUAGUUUAAGUGGAACAGCUGUUCAAGAGCUACACUCAUCAAUUGAGUUUCUCCCUGCGCUCCAAACAAUUGAACUAGAGGAUUGCAAAAGGCUUUCAUGUAUCCCGGGGAGCAUUUGUAAGUUGAAAUCUCUUGAGACGCUUGAUCUCUCUUGGUGCUCUAACCUUGAAAACUUCCCAGAGAUCUUGGAGCCAAUGGAACAUUUGAAAUCCUUAAAUUUAAGUGGAACGGCUGUUCAAGAGCUACACGCAUCAAUCGAGUUUCUCCCUGCUCUCAAAAAUAUUAAACUACAAGCUUGCAGAAGGCUUUCAAGUGUCCAAAGAUCAUUUCUAAGGUGAAGUCUUUUGAGAGACAUGAUCUCACACGUUGCUCUGCUUUUUAUGAAUUCCCUCAAAUCCUGGAGCCAAUGCAACAUCUGAACUUUGUUAGUUUCCAAGGGUCAGUGGUUGAAAUGCUUCCCUUGUCUUUUGGAAGUUCUAGACCUCUGUUGCACUCGCAUAUCAGAAAUCCCUGAUGGUCACAUUGGCUCAAUCUCAAUCCCUGAUGGUCACGUUGGCUCAAUCUCAUUGCGAGAUUUAAUUCUGAGUGAAACCAGGAUUAGGAGCAUACGUGCAAGCAUCAAACAAGCUUCUUGGUUGCAUAGCCUAAGCUUAACCGGGUGCAAGAGGCUUCAAUCAUUACCAGAGCUCCCAGUGCUAUAUGAUCUUGAAGCUCAAGGCUGCACGUUGCUGAAGACAGUGUCAAGUUCAAGGACAGCACUCACACAAGGUGGGGAUAAACACGACUCUUUUGGGAUUCUUCUGAUUGCCGAAAAUUGGAUCAUAAUGCAAGGAGCAACAUAAAGGAUGAAGCACAACUUAGAAUUAUGCGAGUGGCAACUGUGCCUUGUGUUAGCACUGUAUGUCUGGGAAAAGAAAUUCCAAAUUGGUUCAACUUCAGCUAUCAAAGUGAGGGACCUUCAGUUCAUAUCAAGCUUCCUCCAGAUUGGUUUCGAGCAGGUUUAUCAGGUUUUGCUCUCUCUGUCGUUUCUUGGGUUUCAACUGCCAGGGAGACUUAAGGGUAAGAGCUAGUUUCAAUGUUAAAUUCCUCGGUGAAAGCCAUGAACUGUUCACUUCUCUAUUCUAUUUCCCAAUUCGGAUAUUGGAUGACUACUGUUACGAUCGACAUCACGUGUAUGUGUGGAGUAAGGCCUUUAUAUGUGAAGAGAUAGCAAAAAAACUUUUCCCCUGAUGUGUACAAACUUGCUUAUGCGGCCUCUGUUGAGCAUGGUGGACUUUUCCGAAAACCCCAUUUCUGGUGCGAAGGUGUUGAAGUGUGGUAUAUGCCCUUUGUAUGCGGAAGAUGCUAAGAAAUUCAAAUUUGAUCAUGUCUUGGUGCCAGGGGAAGCAUAAAUACAAGAAACAAGACAAGAUGAUGAAUCUGAAGCCAAUUGAUCAAGUUAUCAGAACAAAGCAAAUGAAGGUGAUGAUGAGUCAGAAGCCAGUGAAUCAAGUUAUGAUCAGGUCGAAGUAAAUGAAAGUGGUGAUGAGUUCGAAACAAAUGAAAGUGAUGAUGGCCAGAAGCCCUAGUCUUUUUGAGGGGUUUUUUGUCCGAACAGAGCAUCAAAUUGAACUUGUAUAUACCUUUGGGAGAUGUAAGUCUAGCGAUAGAGGUUUAUACCUGAAUGGAGCAUCAAAUUGAAUUUGGACUAAAAUCGCCAAA